AUGUCGCUACCUGCUGCCGAGGUGGCUGCCGACUUUCGCGAUGCUCUGCAAGACCUAAGGAUGAACAGCAGGCCAGAGAUUAGCAAUCUAACCCUCAUCGCGAAGGAGAACACAGAGUACGCGCAGGCCAUUUCAACUGAGCUUGAGAACCACAUUCGAACAACGCGUCCAGAGUGGAAGCUCCCGUCCCUCUACGUUCUCGAUUCCAUUGUCAAGAAUGUCGGCACUCCCUACACUGUGUAUCUCGGACGUAAUCUCUAUCGUACAUUCAUGGACGCCUACCUUGUGGUGGACCAGGCUACUCGCAAGGCGAUGGAGGGUCUGCUAAGGACCUGGAAGCAGUCAGUGCCUGAGUCGAUGGACACGCGUCCUGUAUUCCCUGCCAAUGUCACUGGCGAUAUCGAGAAUGCUAUCAACAAGAUCCGUUCGGUUGCUGCCCAGACACAACCGCCGCGACCUCUGCAUGCACUUCCACCACGCCCACCUUCGAACAUUGCCUGGAGAGACACUUCUACACCGCCGCAGAAUCUGCCCCGGUACCCUGCACCCAACGAUCCUCGGCGCCCAGCAGGCCUACCGCCCACGCCUCAGUAUGGCGCACCUUCAGCUACACCACCCAUGGCUUACGGACUCAACAGCCCCCAGCCCAUGUCCUCAGUUGACUUAGCUGAUCUGAAAGCUGAGGUCGCCCAGCUUGUCUCGACCACACAGACCUCAUUCGCCCACAAUCCUGCUGACAGGGACGUUCAAACGAAGCUGCAAGCCCUCUUAUCACUCAAGCAGAUACUCGAUACCCAGACAUUGCCUCCCCAGCAGCUUGAAGCUGUGCGUAAGCAAGUGCGGUCCCUGGCGCCUACUCCAACGCCCAUGCCAACGUUUGCCCCACCAACACCGCUGUCUGGAUUUCCUCAUGGCAUGCCGCCAGGCUUUCCUCCUACCAGUGCUCCAUCUGCGAGUGCACCGCCCAACAUUGCUCAACUGCUUGCUGGUCUCAGGCCACCAGUGCAAUCAACACCACAGCCCGCACCAACCCCACAACCUCCAGCAACCUUCAAUCUUGCUGAUCUGUUGAAGCGUGUCUCAUCACCAGCACAAUCGUCUUCCGUGCCGGCGCCCGCGCCAUUUCAGCCCCCAUCUUUUGUCGGUUUCCCACCGCCGAUCUCGACGCCUGUUCCUACCCCUGCGGCAGCUGCUCUGCCGCCAGCGGUCAAUCAUACAGCGAACCUGGCAGCUCUGCUUGCGCAGUUCAACACGCCAGGAGCCGUACCACCCCCCGUUCCGUCCACCCCAGUGCAAUCUGUACCCACGCCUCAGCAAGCAGCACCUGCUCAGGGAAGCGCGGAUUGGCUGCUUGCUGCUCUCGGUAACAUGCCUGGGGCAACAAUGGUGAACAGAGCCCCAUUCAAUGCUCAGCCGAUGGUAAGGGAGGUCUCCGCGCCUACGAACGUCCUGAGCGAUAUCGAAUUCACCACGGCAUCCAUGAAAAAGCCUCGAUUCCACCUCAUAUCACGGUUGUACGAUGCCAAGCCAAACAUCUGCGCAACAUGUGGUCGCCGUUUCGAAAGCACACCUGAGGGUAAGGAGAAGAAAGCCCGGCACAUGGACUGGCACUUCAAGGUCAAGGACCCCGAUGCUGCCAAGCGUGGUGUGCACCGCAGCUGGUACAUGUCCGAAAAGGACUGGAUCGACUACCGCGAAGUCGACGAGACAAUACCCACCACCGAUGCCGCAAGCACGAACAGCGUUGCAAAGCCCAAGAAGCAGGCUAAGGAUCGCUACGUGCUUGUACCACAGGACGUUACGCUCCAGCACGCUCCCUGCCCUAUCUGCCAAGAGAAGUUCGGGACGCAGUGGAACGUCGACGCAAAUGACUUUGUCUGGAUGGAUGCACUGCAGAUUGGCAGUAAGAUAUAUCAUGCCACAUGCUUCGAAGAGUACAGCAAGGGCGCCGGCAUACCAAUGCCGAGUACGCCGGACUCAGUGCUGGGGAAGAGGAAGGCGGACAUUGGUAUGGGAGUUGAGGGAAAGAAGGUUAGGGCUUUCUAG